CAUAAUCUACCCACUUCCUCUGCAUCAAGUUCCCCUCCUGUGCUCAGCCUCAUCUCUGUAGGUCAGAGUUUCAUCCUGAGGACACAUCCAGACGGGAGCUUGGAUGGAGAUCCUGGCCGCUCUGGUUGCUCUGGUCUGGUACCAGGCUUCAGUGUGUGGAGGAGAGGGAUGCAGCGGUUUUAGACACCUGGACAACGGCCAGACGUUCUUCCGUUACGGUGGGUUGCUGGUGGUCUUCCGCUGUCAUCCUGGAUACAAGCUCCACGGAUAUAAAACCAACAGCUGUGUGUCUGGACACUGGUCCCGCGACCCGCCUGUCUGUGUUGGCUCUGGGUGCCCUCACCCGGGGCCCCUCAGCCACGGGAUGAGCAGCAUGAAUGAGGACGGCUCCUGGGCGGGGUUCAGCUGUGACAGUGGCUUUCGGUUACGCGGGCCCUCAAUGUUAUACUGUAAUGGCCGCACCUGGAAUGGCACGAAGCCAGCAUGUAAAGAGUCGGACAUGAUGAGCUCGUUUUCAGGUGUCACUGUGCCAAAGCUGAACACACACCACGGCCUCAGGACAUAUUAUGAUCGAGUGGACUUCAAAUUUGGCCUCCUGUCUCAAACGCCAACCCAAAAGUACAACAGCGAGUCCAGCAAUACAACUAACCCAAAAGCCCACAUACAGAAGCCUAUUCCCAGUUUGAAAGAUGAAGGCGACGGCCAAGCGGAUCAUCGUGUGGCUCGAGCUCAGACAGCAAGCGAAAGACCGGAAAAGGGAAACAUGGGACAUGAUUCAGAGGCAAACGCGUCACAAAAAAUGGAUGAAGCUACACAAACGUUUGCCCUUAAAUCCCAUCUAUCUACUACUGUCUCAUCUGCCAUGUUAUUAGAGUCAGGAACAAAACCAGCAACAUUUUCUUUCAUGCCACAUGCUCCUGUCAGGCCUACUGCAACUUCCCAGAAUGAUGUGACCCGCUCUGUAGUAGCAACAACUUCAGACAAACAUCAACAGGCUCAAACGUCUCCAUCACCUCCCUCUGUUUAUUCCAUUCCCACCAGUCCUUCCCCCAUUUCACGUCCCGCUGCCUCAGCUUCCUCAAGUCCGAAUGUCACCUUUCCUUUAAAUAGUCACGUUGUGGAUUCGAGAUCUCCCUGGACUGAACGCCACAACCUCACGACGAACUCCACACCUGGAACGCCUUUUCCUUCCACGAGCUUCAGCCACCGACCCGUGUGUCCGUACCCGCCCGUGCCCGCCCAUGGCACCUUCCACUUUCGUAACGUGGAGGAUCCAGGACCCGGAGAGUACAGACAUUACAUACAGUACGCCUGCUAUCCCAGAUAUACACUCGCUCAUGGAGACAUACACAGCUACUGCCAGCGGGGAGGCACCUGGAGCGGAACCACACCAGUUUGCCUCGAGUUGACGCCGUGUUCAGUUAACAAUGGAGGCUGCUCCCAGCUGUGCUAUCACUCCCCACACUACAACCAGAGCUCCAACCAGACCCAGACCGGAGCUCAGUGCCGUUGCCGACCUGGAUUCUCUUUAAUGGAUGACAGACGAACGUGUCGAGAUUUGGACGAGUGUGCGGAGGGGCUGCACCGGUGUCAGCAGAGAUGCACGAACACGUUUGGUUCCUUUAAGUGCAGCUGCGACAGCGGCUACCAACCGGCUCAAAACCAGACCUCUUGCGCAGAUGUGGAUGAGUGUCUGCUUCCUGCAGCUGUUAUGGGCUGCGUGUUCGGCUGUGUUAACACUCCCGGGAGCUUCCACUGCCAGUGUCCUGCUGGUUACAGACUCACGACUGCAGAUGGUCACUGCCGAGAUAUAGACGAGUGUGCGGCUCAACAGGGGCUUGGACCAUGUAUGGAGCAGUGCCACAACUCACCGGGGUCGUACAGAUGCUCCUGCACACACGGGCGCAUCUUAGCUCCAGACGGUCACAGCUGCGUUGCGGAGUGUCCGUCUGGAUACCGCAGGCAGCCAGCAGCAACACUGGAGAACUCAACUGCACAAACUCUGGAGGAGGAGUGUGUUGAUAUAAACGAGUGCCAGGAGGAAGUGUGUGAGUGGCAGUGCCUCAAUCUGCCCGGCUCUCACCACUGCAUCUGCCCCCGAGGAUACACUCUCCAAAGAGACGGACAGCGCUGUAAAGACAUUAAUGAGUGCGAUAGGAACAAUGGCUGGUGUUCCCAUUUGUGUUUGAACCAAAGAGGAGGGUAUAAAUGUGCCUGCCCAGCCUCCCAUCGCCUGUCCUCCAACAGCUGGAAGAAAUGUCUACCGAGGACAACAGCAAACUCUGCUGGCUGAGCCGCAAGACACCACAGUCAGCCCUGAAGUGGACGUCUUAUCGGACUCCAAACUGUCUCUGUAUUCCAUGUAAAGUGUGAAUGAAAUGCUUUAUCGUGCAUUGGUGGAUUAAACUAAUAUCUUGCGCCGUAUCUUAUUCUUGUCCGACUAAACAAUAAAUGCUUUGAGAAUUUUUGUGCCUUCUCAUCUCCUCCAUACAAAUAAUCGACCUAAUGCAGGAUUAUCACAGGCUGUUCUCUUUAAGAAGCUAAUUCUUGUAGCAGCCAGGACCAAGCCAAGCUUUUCUUGUUGCAUGUGAACUGUGUUACUGUCGCCCCUUAUGUCACUGACGUUGGUUAGAAAUCUCCA